AUGUUCAUUGAUUAUAAAUCUCUUAAAUCAGCCAAGGCAGCUUUCAAAGGACUACAUAAAAGGACCGUUCCGGAGCUCACAACUCACAAAUUUGAGUUAGAAUGGUCAGCGAUUACUAAAAAGGCCGUGGCAGAUCUAUCUAUGAAAAUCAAACAGCAGAAACAAGAAGAGGAACAAAAAAGAGCUGCCGAACAAAGAGAGAAAGAAGAAGAGGAGGAAUUAUUUGGUGUAGAUGAUCAACCUAAAAGUGAUCCACCUAGCGCAAGAUCAAAUCUCAUAACUGACUUAUUAAUUAACAACGAGACAAAUACAGAAGCACCUGUUACUCUGGAGCCCAUAACGGUUUCCUCUCUGGUUCAAAGUGUAUGCAGUGCUUUUAAUUUGGAUACUCAGGAAAACAAAAUUUAUGGUGAUUUGAGGGAUGCUUUCUUACAAGGAUUUACAUUAAGCGAGCAAGCACAUACCGUAGUCUUUGAUUUUAUGUCUGUUCCUUGUCUUGCGGCCACUCAUCGAGUCUAA